AUGGCCCACCAGUUAGUACAAGACGACGACGAGAACGAUAGAGGCUACGGAACCCCUGGCCCUUCCCACUCGCGAGCACACUCCAACCCUGGCCUCCCGCCCAGAGCAAAUACAUUCCCAGUGUUCGGCGAAGAUCCCAGUUUAGUGGCAUGGAGACUUGGUAACCGAAAUUUCUAA